CACAACACCAUUAAAAUAAUAAAAAAACUAUACACUUCCCCUAAAAUAAUGCUCAUAAAAUACUGCAAAAAAAAUUGUCUUUAAUUAACUAACACACCCAUGUGGAAUCACAAACAAACCAAUAUUAUAAUCCGUUGACACUUCUCAACUUUUGUGAUUUUCAGCUUCUCCUCCAAAUACACUCCAAAAAAACCAGCAAAUUUUCUGUCCCUGAUUACAGUUUUUCUGUUAACAAUCACCACAUUCAAGAGUCAAGACUCCAUUUUUUCCCUCGAGAUUCAAAAAUUUUCAAUAAUCUUACCACUCAAAAGCUUGGGCAUCUCAAGCCCCUCAAUAGAUAUUCUUGAUUCUUGAUUUUUUUGGCUAGCAAUCACAAUUCACACACACACAAAUGAGUACCCUCAGCUUUGGGCUUUCAUCUCCGCCGUCGAUUUCAAUAAAACCUCAGAGCAAACAAAAACCCAGAAGCUGGUGCCCUCGAAUUUUCUCUUUCAACCCUCUGAGCGCUCGAGCUUUUGGAGUCAGCAGGGCCGAAUACAGCAGGAAAAGGACCAAUCUUUUUACUGUAAAAUCAGCUGUCGAGCUCGAAAAGGCGGCGGGCGCUGAGGGCGGCUACGAAAGUAGCAGCGGCGGCUAUUAUGAUGCUAUUGUUGUAGGCUCUGGGAUUGGUGGGCUGGUGGCGGCGACCCAGCUGGCGGUGAAGGGCGCGAGGGUUUUGGUUCUUGAGAAGUAUGUGAUUCCUGGUGGGAGUUCUGGGUUUUAUGAGAGGGAUGGAUUCAAGUUCGAUGUUGGGUCCUCUGUCAUGUUUGGUUUCAGUGAUAAGGUAAAUUUGCAUUUAAUUACUCAAUCAUUAGCAGCAGUUGGAUGCAGGAUGCAAGUCAUACCGGACCCCACCACCGUUCAUUAUCAUCUGCCCAAUGGCCUUUCUGUACGUGUGCACAGAGAAUAUAACGAGUUCAUUUCUGAACUUGUUCGCAGAUUUCCUCACGAGAGAGAAGGCAUUCUCAAAUUCUAUGGCAUCUGCUGGAAGAUAUUUAAUUCAUUGAACUCGCUGGAAUUGAAGUCUCUGGAGGAGCCGAUUUACCUGUUUGGACAGUUUUUCAAGAAGCCCCUCGAGUGCUUAACUCUUGCCUACUAUCUUCCUCAAAAUGCUGGCAACAUAGCUCGAAAGUAUAUAAAAGAUCCCGAAUUGUUAUCCUAUAUUGAUGCCGAGUGUUUCAUAGUGAGCACAAUCAAUGCCAUGCAGACACCUAUCAUCAAUGCAAGCAUGGUUUUGUGUGAUAGACAUUUCGGUGGAAUUAAUUAUCCCGUUGGUGGAGUUGGAGAAAUUGCAAAGUCGUUAGCAAAAGGUUUGGUCAAUCAAGGGAGUGAGAUACUUUACAAGGCAAAUGCGACUGACAUUAUAUUAGAAAAUGGAAAAGCUGUUGGAGUGAAGCUAUCAGAUGGAAGACAAUUUUAUGCUAAGACCAUAAUUUCAAAUGCCACUAGAUGGGAUACAUUCGGCAAGCUCUUGAAAAAGGAAGAUAUGCCCGAGGAAGAAAAAAGAUUUCAAAAGGCGUACAUCAAAGCACCGUCCUUUCUUUCUAUACACGUUGGGGUUAAAGCCGAUGUUUUGCCACCUGACACGGAUUGCCACCAUUUUAUUCUAGAGGAUGAUUGGAAAAAUCUAGAAAUCCCUUAUGGAAGUAUAUUCUUGAGCAUCCCAACGGUUCUUGAUAAAUCAUUAGCUCCCGAAGGAAACCACAUUCUGCAUAUUUUUACAGUUUCUUCAAUCGAGGAUUGGGAGGGUCUCUCGCGAGCAGAGUAUCAAGCAAAGAAGGAAUUUGUGGCUGAUAAAAUAAUUAACAGGCUUGAGAAGAAAUUAUUCCCAGGGCUUAAGUCAUCUAUAGUUUUCAAGGAGUACUUGACCAAUGUUUCAAUUAGGAACUUAAGGCGGUACCUUGCUCGGGAUAGCGGUACAUAUGGUCCAAUGCCUAGAAAAACCCCAAAGGGAUUGCUAGCAAUGCCGUUCAACACGACUGGUAUAAAGGGUUUGUAUUGUGUGGGAGAUAGUUGUUUUCCGGGCCAAGGUGUUAUUGCUGUGGCUUUCUCGGGAGUUAUGUGCGCGCAUCGUGUGGCAGCUGAUUUAGGAUAUGAGAAGAAAAACCCGGUGCUCGAUACAGCUCUACUUAGGUUACUCGGUUGGUUCAGGACUUUAGCAUGAGAGAUCAGCAACAAAUUACUAAAAAAGAUACAGUUUUUGCACCACAAUUGUGAAGAGCAACGAAAGAUCGUAUCAAACUGCUGUUAAAAUGGUGAAAAAAACCAUAUCGAGGUACUUAUGUGACAGCUUUUUGAGAAUUAAGACCACAGUUUGUAGUUUUACAGUUUUGAAUACUGAUAUGUACACAUACUUUUAGAGAAUCACUAUUCUGUGAAAAUUAUAGAGAUCAACACAUUGUAAACACGUUUGUUGAGAAAACUCACGUAUUAAAGGAGAGCUAACGAACCCGUGAUAUGAAAACCUGGACAUUCUGCAUGAAGUCGUAAAAAUUAUUUUCUAGUACAUUUAGUUUUCUUAUUCAUUUUAUCUCUGUCUUUACAAUUAUUUAUUCUUAUUUUUUCUGGUUAGUUAAAUCUCACAUUUUCUUAGUUAUUGCAAGCACUCAUAGGAGGGGAAGGUUGCUGCUUUACACUAAAUUUGAUUUUUCAGAGGCAGG